AGGAGCCGCUGCUGUAUUUAGAAGACAAAUAAGUUCAGUAUCACCCCUGAGGAAGCUUAAAGAUGUGAUUCUCAAGGAUCUUUGGUGCCAUGGAUGAAAAUGGAAUCAUUAUUUUUCCACUCCCCCCGCUCACGUCAUUGACUCCCGCCUGCAGCCGGUCCACUGGUUACAAGUAGCCACGAAUUGCCUUGCAGAUUGUGAACAGGGUAGCCAACCAGGGCCAGCCAAAGUCCAACUCCUGCUCCGUUCCACCAUGCCCAAAGCAUUCCUGCUGCUGUGGGUUGCCCUGGUGCUAUCUGGGCUUGUGCAUGGAGCCACGUUGAGAAAUGAAGAGAAAUGGAAGUCACUCAACAACCCCAGAAAUCGAGAUCUGUUUUUCAGAACUCUUCAGGCAUAUUUUAAGGGAAGAGGUCUUGAUCUCGGGAGGUUUCCAAACACUUUCUUCAUGAAUGAGAAUCCUAGACCUCUCUCUUUCCAAUCAGAACUUCUUGCUUCUGCAUUUGCAGAUUAUGAAGAGCAGAAAAACUCCUUUCCUAAUUACCUCAAAGGCUGAAUGUUUCCUCUGAACACAGGUGUCUGGCUAUUUUAAAACUACAGAUGAAGCUUCACGUUAGAAAAAUUCAAUCAUGGUUAUGGCUAAACCUUUUCCCCCUCCACUUAUUUGUCAAUUUAUAAUGAUUUUAUUCUACAUUUCCAGAUUUACAUAUAAAUAGAUUGACCUCUGGGACAAAUGUGACUUAUGUGCGUAUUUUUGAAGUCUUUUUUCUACUCUGUAAAACCAUAAACACCGAUGUAGAGCACUGCACCUAUUUGUAAGAAUUACAAAAACACCGCAGAGUCAGAAGAGAUGAUCUUCUAAAUUACAUUUCUUUUAAGCUUCUCCUUAAAACUUGUAUGCUAAU